AUGACAAAAUAUCAGACAAACAAAUUUUUGUUUCUAAAAAUAGAUCCGCCAAUAUUCUCAACCUACCCAAGCCCUCUCUACCAACGUAACAUAGGCGAUGACGUCACGAUGGUGUGUUCUGGGGAGGGAGAUCCCGCCCCGCUGGUUGCCUGGAAGAAGUCAAACAGCAAUAAAUUGAUGACGUCGAGAAGAAAUCAAAAUGGCGGCAACCUGACAAUCGCCAUCUUGGAAAAUGGCGACGCCGGAAGUUACGACUGCGUUGUUAGCAACGUCUACGCCACUAUCUACGUCACUUCCGCUUUGGUCGUCUUAAGACCCGAUGAAACGCAACAUCAGUUAGCAGCUGUUAGCAGCACUGAUUACGUCAGAUUGUCAUGGCAACCAGCUCUGACGUACGAGAAAGAGAAGAUCCUGUAUAUAUGGUACAGACCGAUAAACAGUAGUAGAAAACCCUGGCAAAACGUAACUUUCACAACCAACCAAUCAGAUGAAAAAUCCUGGUCGGAUGACUCUAGUCAGAUGAGAAAAUAUGACGUAUAUCAUGAUGUCAUUCAAUCACGAGAUGGUUCUUUGACGGCCACCUCUUCAUUCCUCCUCCCACCGACGAACGUUUCAGCUUCCUAUUGGCCGAACCAGGGCAUCAACAUCACGUGGUCGCAGUCGGCCAACCAAUCAGCAGCAGGCGUCUACAGCAACAUCGAGUAUCGAUUGGCUCACGGCAAAUGGGUCAACCUGACGUCAUUGCCUCCGUCUCUGACGUCAUACAACUGGAAAAGUAUGUCACGUGACGCCGUCUAUCACUUCCGGUUGAGGAGUCUCAGUGAGAAAAUGGCCACCUGGAGCGAACCGUCGAAAGAGGCUGUCGUUAAGACGUUUGGUGACAGCUCCAGCCAGCACUAUCAUAAUUACCUCCAGCAAAACUUCGCGAGCUGGUACGUAGCCAUCGGGAUGCUGUUGGUCAUCUUCGCCAUCACGUUGGUCACCAUGGUGGUUGUCAUGGGUGUCAAAUACGUCAGGAAAGUUAGGAUGAGUAAACAUUUACCGUAUGGUCAUGUCAAAUAUUCAGGAGCCAAUGACGUGAGGCAGGAAACUAGGUCAUGGUAA